AUGCAGAUGAAUCAUCCUCAUUGGGACUCACCCAAAAAGUCCCGAAUUCGCGGUGCCGUCGAGUUCAUUGAGGCUCAAAACAGACGUUAUGGAUACGACCCAGUUCGUACCAAAACCGAGGUCUUUCGCUUCGAAGGAGUCCCGUGGAGGACUGGUAUGGAGUUCAUCAGUAAGAGGAACCGAAAUGGAGAUCGUCGCCAUUUCCCCCCUGAUCAGGAACCAAGAGGACGUAAACCGCUUAUCUCCUCUAAAGAUAUCCACGAGAUGGAGAGGAUCCUUGAAGAACAAGAUGUCUAUGGAAGGGCCAUGUCCUGGGAGGCCCUAGGGUAUGAGGCUGGUCUAGACGUCUGCGGGCGUACCGUUAAGCGGGCUAUAGGACCGAUAUCCUACCAAAUACCUGUGGAGGAGGGUCCGUUUCAGCGACGAGUCCCACGCCGGGCUUGGUCCGCAAGGAAAGUUGAUGAUUAUUCGACGCCCGGGCGAGCGGUAUUGCUCUCAAUGUGUACAACGACAAGGAAAGUUGAAGAUAACGCCAAAAAUAACGUACACGUCUGGGGGGCUGUUGGCUACAACUUCAAAUCAGACCUUGUAACGUAUAAUGUACCGAGCAAUACCACGGGUAAGAUGACACAACAAACAUAUAUCGAUUCCAUCCUAGAUCCCAUUACCAAACCUUGGAUCCAGAACGGUCACGAUUUUGUAUUGGGAGGACCAAGACUCAGGCCAUGGGCCGCCACGCGCUAG